AGAGGGAAGAAAAACUGCAUCGAGUUCAACUGAGAAAUGGGGGGGGGGGGGAUGAUGAUGAUCAAUUUGCAUGCAGCAAGACCAUAGGAAGAAAAAAAAUUGUUAAAAACAAUUCUCAGAAAACCCAAAAGGCCUUAGGUAAUGUUUUAUGAAGCGGUAUUAACCUUGGAAUUUGAACAUGGGUUUUGCAAGAAGAAACUUACGAAAAAAAAAUCAUUAAACAAUACUACUGGCUGUUCUAGCUUUGCAAUGGUGGUUCCUGUUGAAAGUCCUGCUCUCUGAGACCUAAAACAAUGCAUCAAGAACUACACUAUUUAGUCUUCGUAUUUGUCAAAAGCAUUCGUCACAUCAUUCUAAAUUUUUAUCCUUUAAUUCAAGUGCAACGAGAUUGGAAAUUAAACAAGAUGCGAAUUGAAUUCUUUCAUUCCUCCCUUUUUUGGUACAGAACAGCUCAUCUUUACGCAGGAGUGGGGAAAUGCGAACUUCACCCUUCACCGCCUUCUAUUAAACGAUUUAUCAAAGGACCAGGAGGCUUAAUCUACAGCCCCCGGAGUUCACAAAUCCCACUGCUUCCUGAUGAAGCACAGUGGGAAUAAUUAUAACAAAUGAGUUGCAUAUAAUUCUACAAACUUAGAAGAUUAACCCCUCAGUCAUUUACAGCCUACUCCAGGCACCAAGCGAGAACUCGGGAGGAGAUAAGAUCCCACAAGCCAUAGUAAAUCCAAGUGACAAAUUUUAAAUCCUGGAGCAGCUUGUCGCAUUUCUGAGGGUUUAGAGAAGACGCAUUCAAGUGCAAGUCAGAGCAAAAUUUCCUCCGCUCUGCCCAGCCUGAAAUGAUGUAAUAAACGAAGAAGACAGUCCUUGUGCCUGGUGAACGUUGCUUAUCUCGCACGGGCAGAACUAGAAACCUUGUUUUAAAAUGGAUCGCUAGACCGAGUAAUCGAGUUCAAAGGAGGCGCUGCCACACCGAUCAGGAUGUUUGGCUGCCUUCGACCGUCAAAGGGAACAGCCACCAACCACCAGAAGCUAUUGUCUUGGACAUGGAUCCUUUUCUUCACUGUGUAAUCCCCAACUUCAUCCAAAGCCAAGACUUCCUGGAAGGACUUCAGAUGGAACUUUUGAGCCUGGACUUCCAUGAAAAGUACAAUGAUUUAUAUAAGUUCCAGCAGUCUGAUGAUUUGAAGAAGAGAAAAGAGCCUCACAUCUCAGCUUUAAGGAAACUUAUGUUUGAAGAUUUUCGGGACUGGCUUUCUAAGGUUUCCAGCAUUGACCUAGAACCAACCAUUGAUAUGUCCUGUGCUAAAUACGAGUUCACUGAUGCUCUGCUCUGCCAUGACGAUGAGCUGGAGGGACGCAGGAUCGCCUUCAUUCUGUACCUGGUUCCUUCCUGGGACAGGAGCUUGGGCGGCACCCUGGACCUUUACGACACUGAUGAACACUUUCAGCCAAAGCAGAUUGUCAAGUCUCUUAUCCCUUCGUGGAACAAACUGGUUUUCUUUGAAGUGUCUCCGGUAUCCUUCCACCAGGUGUCUGAAGUUCUGUCUGAAGAAACAUCCCGUUUAUCUAUAAGUGGCUGGUUUCAUGGUCCUUCAUUAGCCAGGCCUCCCACCUACUUUGAGCCCCCAAUUCCUCGACACCCUCACAUCCCACAAGACCAUGAGAUUUUAUAUGAGUGGAUCAACCCUGCUUAUCUGGAGAUGGAUUAUCAAAUGCAAAUUCAAGAAGAAUUUGAGGAAAGGUCUGAAAUUCUCCUGAAGGAGUUUCUUAAGCCUGAGAAAUUUGCAAAGGUCUGUGAAGCCUUGGAGAAAGGAGGUGUGGAAUGGAAUAGCCGUGGUCCCCCCAACAAAAGGUUCUAUGAGAAAGCGGAAGAAAGCAGUCUCCCCGAUAUACUGAAGGAGUGCAUGGGCUUCUUCCGCUCCGAGGCACUGUUCUUGCUGCUCUCCAACUUCACCGGCCUGAAACUCCACUUCCUGGCCCCGUCAGAAGAUGAUGAGAUUGAGGACAAAGGAGAGGCAGAAGCAGCCUGUGCUGCUGAUGGCACUGAAGAAGGGACUAGCCAAAGCCCCUCAGGGCCCGAGGAUAAACAGGAAGCUAUGGGCAGCCCCAGUCAGGAGAGUGGUGAACAGACAGACCUGGAACCACAGGAAGAUGAAGCAAAGAAAGAAUCAGGUGUGCCCAUGUGCCAGGGGGAGCUGAGGCACUGGAAGACCGGUCACUACACUUUAGUCCACGACAACAGCAAGACUGAAUUUGCCUUGGACCUCUUUCUCUACUGUGGCUGUGAAGGCUGGGAGCCAGAGUAUGGCGGCUUUACUUCCUACAUCGCCAAAGGUGAAGAUGAAGAGCUGCUCAUAGUGAAUCCAGAAAACAAUUCUCUGGCAUUGGUCUACAGAGAUAGAGAAACUCUGAAAUUUGUGAAGCACAUUAACCACCGAAGCCUAGAGCAACAGAAAACCUUCCCAAACAGAAGUGGUUUCUGGGACUUUGCAUUCGUCUAUUAUGAGUAACAGGAUUGGGCAAAGCCAGCAGCAUUCCUCAGUGCUGGGAAGCCUGGGGUCCUCAUGGGGUGCAGGAAGAAAGCGUGCAGGUACCAGGGCCCUCCGCCAGGCUGUCCUUAGUGGCUGUGCUGCUGCACACCUGUAAUGCAGCCUUGGGGGGCAGAAAGAGGAGGACCUCAAGUUCAAGGUCAGUGUGGGCUAUACAGUGAGACCCCAAAACAAAACAAAUCUUGGUCGUCCCAUUUAUGGAAUUCAUGAUUGUCCUCAACCCAGACAUCGGUCGCCAGCUAUGUACUUAUCCCUUGGUUGUUUUGUUUUGUUUUGUUUUGUUUUUUAAGCCCCCGCCCCCACUGAAUUCUUUUGGUUCUAUAGUGACCGCCUCAGCAACUUCUAA